AUGGAUGCUCAGUUCGUGCCAGUUCUAGUGAUUGUUGUUAUCAUCAUCGUGAUCAAGUUUGACAGGUUUCAAGAAGGGUCCCUAGCCCUCCCAAGGCUGUCUGCCACCUGUCUCUCACACCUCAGCGGACACAGUGUUUACCUGUUGUUGCAGGGAACAGUCAGCACAGCCACCAGCAACCACCAUUCUAACAUUCGCCUCUAUGAUUUUGCCUACCGUAAGAACCUCAUCUUUGCAAGUGCCCCUGCCGCUGACCAAGUGUCCUCUCUUUCCUCCUCCAGGUGGGCCUUUCUGGAGCUGGGCACGGAUGGCCGCUACAAUGACAGCCUGCAGGCCUAUGCAGCCGGCAUGGUGGAGGCUGCCGUGUCCGAGGAGCUCAUCUACAUGCACUGGAUGAACACGGUGGUGAACUAUUGCGGCCCCUUCGAGUAUGAAGUCGGUUACUGUGAGAGGCUCAAGCACUUCCUGGAGGCCAACCUGGAGUGGAUGCAGCAGGAGAUGGAGUUGAACGAGGACUCCACAUACUGGCACCAGGUGCGGCUGACCCUCCUGCAGCUGAAAGGCCUGGAGGACAGCUACGAAGGCCGUGUGUCCUUCCCAACUGGGAAGUUCACCAUCAAACCCUUGGGGUUCCUCCUGUUGCAGAUCUCUGGGGACCUGGAAGACCUAGAGCCAGCCCUGAAUAAGACCAAGACCAAGCCUUCCCUGGGCUCAGGCUCCUGUUCCGCCCUCAUCAAGCUGCUGCCUGACCAGCGUGACAUCUUAGUUGCCCACAACACCUGGAACAACUACCAGAAUAUGCUACGUAUCAUCAAGAAGUACAGUUUCCACUUUCAGGAAGGCCCCCAAGAGAGGGCCCCCCUCAUUCCUGGCAACAAGGUGGUCUUCUCAUCCUACCCUGGCACCAUCUUCUCCGGUGACGACUUCUAUAUCCUAGGCAGUGGGCUGGUGACGCUGGAGACCACCAUUGGCAACAAUAAUCCGGCCCUGUGGAAGUACGUGCAGCCCAGGGGCUGCGUGCUGGAGUGGGUGCGCAACCUUGUGGCCAACCGCUUGGCCUUGGAUGGGGCCAGCUGGGCGGAUAUCUUCAAGAGGUUCAACAGUGGCACGUAUAACAACCAGUGGAUGAUCGUAGACUACAAUGCAUUCGUCCGUGGCAGGCCCAACCCUGGGAGCGGGGUGCUCACCAUCCUGGAACAGAUCCCUGGCAUGGUGGUGGUGGCUGACAAGACCUCAGAACUCUACCAGAAGACCUACUGGGCCAGCUACAACAUACCGUCCUUUGAGAGUGUGUUCAAUGCCAGUGGGUUGCAGGCCCUGGUGGCCCAGUAUGGGGACUGGUUUUCCUACAACGGGAGCCCCCGGGCCCAGAUCUUCCGGCGGAACCAGUCGCUAGUGCAUGACAUCGACUCCAUGGUCCGGUUGAUAAGGUACAAUGACUUCCUCCAUGACCCCCUGUCACUGUGUGAAGCCUGCAACCCCCACCCCAACGGGGAGAAUGCCAUCUCGGCCCGCUCUGACCUCAACCCAUCCAACGGCUCCUACCCCUUCCAUGCCCUGCGCCAGCGCUCCCACGGGGGCAUCGACAUGAAGGUGACCAGCAUGUCACUGGCCAAGGCCCUGAGCCUGCUGGCAGCCAGUGGCCCCACGUGGGACCAGGUUUUGCCAUUCCAGUGGAGCACGUCACCCUUCAGCAGCCUGCUGCACAUGGGCCAUCCUGACCUCUGGAAGUUCUUGCCCAUCGAGGUCUUGUGGGACUGAGCUCCAUCCCUGCUCAGCUUCCUUCGUCCCUGCUGACCCCCAGCAGAUCCACCCCUACCUAGUGUCGCCCCAACUCCUGCCCCACCCCUGGCUGGGGGGCACUGUCCCCUGCUGUCCCCUGAUCUGGGAUCUGGGUCUGCUGGGUUCCUUCUCGUUUGGGCGGCCUCAUCCCAGAGUGGGAUGGGGCUCAGAACUGGCUCUUGCUGUCUCCCCCACAGUGCAGGAGCGCCUUGCGGGCUCCCUUUGCUUCUCUCUGCAUCUCUCUCUCUCCUCUCUCCCCUUCUCUCUGUCUCUCUCCCACCUCUGGGGACCCCUCCUCAUGCUGCUUCCUCCUGAGGGAUUGGGAGGGGUCCUGGGAUCAGGCUCCGGGGUCCCCGGUGGGGCAGAAUGAGCCUGUUCCAGUCACCACCUCCCAGCCCCACUCCCGCUGGUGGCCCUGGAGCUGCUGAGGUUGCAGCCCUGGGACCUGGGUGUUUUCUCUGGUUGGUGUUGCUCAUCCGGGCCCGCAGCCCCAGCCCCUCUGCUUCCUCUGCUCCUCAGGUCUCCCUUUCUGGGCAGCUUCCUGGAGGACAGAAACUUGAAAACAAACACAAACCAAAGUUUCUGGCCACUUGUGGCUGGAAGGUCCUGAGUGUCCUCUCCCUGGGGCAGGUGGGAGUGUCAGCCCCCCCACGCUCCUGCCUCAUGCCCCUACCCCAACCUGGGCCUGCCCCUGGCCUCAGGGCAGUGCCCACAGAGCCUCUGCUGUAGGAGCCAAACGACAGGGCAUGCCCCCAUCAAACAAGAGAGGCUGUGGCCCCUGUACUGUGCUUCUUGGGGCUGCAGGGAAGGCUGGGUCGACACCUUUUCUCCUCUCAGGUUUGGUUCUGCACCAUCCACUACAUGUCCUCCAGUCUGUACUUCUGUCUGUCCAUCUAUCCAUUCACUUAUCUGCCAAGCACCCAUUGUCCAUCCGCAGUCAUCUGUCCAUCCAUCCACCCAUAUCAACCUGUCCAUCCACUUUUCAUCCAUCAACUAUCCAUGAAUCCA